AUGCCCGCCUCCCAGCGCGGAGCUCGGACACCUUACUAUGCUUGUGCCUACUUCUCCUGUUCGAACCUCGGCGCCGUGGUGACCCUCACGGACGUGCCUCGCGUCACGCCGCUGCUGAGCCGGAACCUGGCCGCCGCGGUGGCGUCCGGCGCGGGCGCUGGCGGCGCGCCCGCGGACGCGACGACGGCCGCAGAGGUGAGGCCUCUCAUGUGGGGGGACGUGGGCGCCAUGCACGGUGACGGAUCUCGGCUGUUGUCCGAGCGCGGCCCGUUCGACGUGAUCUUGUGCUGCGAGGUCGUCUACCAGCAGGUCCAGGAGGUGUUGCGGGCGCUGCUGCAGACGAUCGCCGGGCUGCUGGCCUGCCCAGGCGGGCGCGUCGUGUUCGCCUACCAGCACAGGGACGGCAGCGAGUACACGGACGCCCUGUUCUUUCGGGACAUGGAAAGCGCAGGCUUCUCGCUAGUCGGUGAUGAGCCGCUGACAGAGUGGGACGAGAGCUGGAACGACACGUGCGUCCGCUUCGUGCGGACGUACGCCGUGGGCGACGGCUCCGCGCAGGUGUCUGCCGCGCUGUGA